AUGAAUAAGUUUUAUAUUCAAAUUGUUUUAUUUUUUUUAACCAUCUCCCUAUAUGUGAAUAAUAAAACCCUUGCAACUGAACCCUCUCCAGGAAGAUCUACAACACCCGAAUCAACAUAUCAUUAUCUUACUCCAGAAGAAUUAUAUGAAAAAAACAAGCACUUAUUAUGUACCGAUCCAGAAGAAACUAUAAAAGCAGGUGAUGUUAUGAACGAAGCUGUGAAACAUUUAGAACAUCAUGCUGCAAAUAUAGAUGAUUAUAGAGUUUAUGAAAGAGAUUCUAAUAGUUCUUUGUUUUUAUUUAAAAAAAAACAUCAAUCCGACCCAGAUAUUAAAAAAAUGCAUUAUAUAGCUCGUAAAUGCUAUGAGUAUAAUGAAAUAAUAAACAUGUCAUGGGACCCCGAUUAUGCAAAUUUUUUAAAUACUGGCUCUUUUAAAAUUGUCCGUGUGUACAAUCCAAAUUUAGUAAUGGUACAACAACGUUACGAAGAUAGUUCUAUGAACUGUCAGAAAUAUUUUUAUGCUUUAGCUGCAUAUGUUGAAAUAUCAAAAGACAAAACUAUAAUUGUCAGGGUUUCAGCAGAUAUAAAUGAUCACAACCCUUCCAAUGAAAAAUAUAAAAACGAAAUAGUAAAAAGUGCAAGUUUAUUCAAAACUGAGAUUGAUUCUGAAGAUGAUAUUAGAAAAGGAGAAUUAAAAAAAAUGUUUGUUAACAUAGCUGGAUACCUCAUUGAAAAUAAAGGCGAUUGUGUUAAUAUUACCUACGUUGAAUCUAUUAAUAGACAUUGUACCAUUUAA